AUGCAUGCACGCGGCAAGCACUUCGUGCCAGCUCUUCUUCUCAGAACAACCAUGUCGACAAACAGGGUGUCUGCCACCAGAGUAAGCGGAGGAUGGGAAGCACCCAGCCGCAUCAAGGUUGACCUUGGAAACCGACUAGCAAACACAGUGGUCGAUUCAUUCGUCAACAUUGGCCUUGUUGGCGCUGCUCACGGUUUGGCUAAGGAAGGGCUUAACCAGGCGGUUGGGUCUGACAACGCCAAGCAGUUCAACUUUGAGAAGACUGCGAAGGACGCUGCACGCCAGGGGCUUGAGUGGGGAGCCAUCUCUGCUGUGUACACCGGGGUGAACUACGGGCUGGAGCAGGCACGCGACGGCAGGCGCGACUGGGUAAACUCCCUGGCUGCUGGAGCCAUCACCGGAGCCCUGUAUGCUGCAAGCACUGAUGAUGGGCGUGGUAACGACAAGGUCGCCCAGAGUGCCCUGACAGGAGCAGCUUUGGCUACUGCUGCGGAGUUCCUGCGCGACUUGUAAACAACUUGUCCAAAUCUUCUCUAAUCUGGCCCUUCAAACGGCCAGGACGUACAAAGUCCGCCCUCAACUUUUGUAAUAUCAGUAAUUCUAGUCUCCGUAGAAUUAGUACAUAGUUGCUAGCUUCGAAGUGGACCUUUGGGACCCUGAGGCAGCGCAUUAAUUCUGAAUGUACUGUAUGUCAAGCACGAAGUCAAGCAUGUAGCUUGUCAUCCUAGAAAACGUGUCGAACAUUGCUGAACAUGAUUCGCCGUAAGUGGUAACUUACCAUUUGCUGCCGCAGUCCAAUAGGAUUGCUUGCCUCGAGUCUCUCGCUCUCUUUUUAUGUCGAUGCAUGUAACUUACCUGAAGCCUGAGCUUUGUUUUACAUUCUGG